AUGGAGUAUUCUCCACCUACCCAAACCGGACCGCCAAUAAGCUCGUUCAGCUCGCCGCCGCCUGGACCGAUGUUUAUGGAUUCGGUUUUGUCGACAAAAAGAGAGAGGGGAAAGAUGACGCCGAUGUACAGCGGCUAUGGAUCGAUGCCUUUCAGACACACGCAAACCGCUCCGCCACUCUACAAGAACAAAACUUCAAGAAGAUUUGCUCAAGAGCCACCCAGAUUGGUCACUUUCAAGGAAAAAAACGAGGAUGUUCUUCAACAAAUGCUGAUGGACACUACAAAUGUCUACGAUCCAACAAAUCGCAACGUUUCUUUCUUUGAGCAAUGCUUCCGAGUGGAAAGGAAAAUUGGCGAAGGGUCUUUUGGAGAGGUUGUAAGAGCAGUUUCGCUUGAUGAUGGCAAAGCAUAUGCGAUUAAGAUUGCUCUUAAUCCAUACAAAGCAAAGGCAGACCGUGAGCUGAAGUUGAGAGAGGUUUACAAACAUGAGAAGCUGCCCAAACACAACAACUUGGUGGAAUUCAUCAAAGCAUGGGAGGAGCGCGGACGACUCUUUAUACAAACGGAACUUUGUGAGGAAUCGUUGUUUGACUACAUCCUGAGAAAGCACGAGAUCUCACAAUCGGUGAUAUGGACAGUGUUUGCGGAUAUCGUGAUGGCCUUGGACGAACUUCAUCAAAGAAAUCUCAUUCAUCUUGAUGUCAAACCGGAAAACAUCUUCAUCACAAAGGACACAAUCUUCAAGCUCGGCGACUUUGGACUGAUAUUCGACUUGGUCAAGGACAAAACGCUAACUUACGAUGAAGGCGACAGCAAGUAUUUGGCCCCUGAGGUUUUGAAUCAUGGACCUACAAAGGCUGCAGAUAUUUUCUGCUUGGGAAUCACUUUGCUGGAGGUUGGUACCGAUCUGGACUUGCCGAGUCAAGGUGAUGCAUGGCACAGUAUUCGCAAUGGAAACAUUCCAGAACGCUUUUUGAAGAAUCUCGGCUCUGAUUUGCGCUCGCUGAUAUUCUCGAUGCUUGAUGCCAAUCACCUCAACAGACCAUCGACAAGCGAACUCCUGAAGCAAUACAGUUCAAAGCUACUCUUUCGUCGGAUACACCAACAAAUGAUUAACACACGUAUCGCCAUUCGGACAUACAUGGGAACAUUCUAUUUGUACAUACUGGCCUUUCUUCACUGCUGCUUUACACCUUUUAUUACUGCAAAAAAUGCAAUUGUCAAGAAGAAGAAUGAAAUCAGCAUGCACACAUCUCCAUAUCAAAAGGUUGUUGGUCAUAAUGAACAAAAGCCUCAGACUACGCCUGAUCCACCACCUCGUCUCGUCAUGCCAAGACAAAUUCAGUUUGAUCACGAUUUCAGUGACGACGAGUACGAGUAUGAUCAUCGCAAGCGUAAGCUGCCAAUUCUGUUUUCGGAGAAUACGGACACUGCUGGCUCAUCAUCAAGUGAUAACAGAAGCACGGCUCCAAGAUUUAUAAGCAACUCUCCAAUUUACACCGAUUCUCCAUUAGGACGCAAGAAAAAUGAACUUGAUGCAUCUGGCGAUUGGGGGAAGACGGAAAACUACCAACAUAAUCGUCUCGCUUUUGAUGAUGCCGACUUGGAAGACGACUUCUUUUCCUGCCUGCCAAUCACAUCGCUUUCGGCACCAAACAGUCUGCGCUCGAAGCCUCGAGUACCAUUGCGCGAGAAAGGAUUGAAAAGCCCAAUUCCAAAGUUGGACUUCUCCAUGCUUGAUGAUAUUGACACCUCUGAUGAUGUAACGAUUAAUCGCAUGAGGGGAGGGCGUCGUCGAGUUGCACAACAACGUCAAAUGGGCACUCGUCGCUCACCUCGUCUAGCUUCUUAUCGUGAGUUGUUUGAGCGAUCCGGAUCAGCUCUACCCAACGGUCAU